AUGGAGAAGGCGGAGGUGGACGAGCUGAGUGAGCUCACGCAGCGCGUGUGCGAGAACGUGGCGGCGUAUGUGGGUGCUCAACUAGAUGGCUCGCUCGAGUCGAUGCAGUUGAUGCAGACGGUUGUUUACAACAUCAACGGAAAGUACAUGGGUAUGAAGCACGAGGUCGAAAGCGUCGGCAAACUGUCUAAGGUGCUGGAGGCGCGAGCAAAAACAAUGGGGGAGAAAAUGAAUAUCAUCGACGAUAUCGAUGAGGAGCUCACGGAGCUUGAGGAUAUGGUGAACCAGCUCGAGCAGUACACGGGAUCCCUUGAGCUCAAGUUUAAUGAAGUUCGCUAGAUCAGAAGGUGAUGACUCCAACAUCUUUUCGGCUCUUCCUGACCACGAAGGUCUUGGUUGGCUCUGGACUUAAUGAACUGGAUCGCCACCUCGCCUCAACUAACUUGAUUUUAGUAUUGGGUUAAAA